AUGAGUGGAGCAGGUAAUCGGUCGAAACUCCGUCAACUGGACAAGCUAAUUGCCAAAGCGAAACAAAACUUGAAUCCGGUAACUAUGGAAGUACGGCAUACGACUACGCAGACUAAUAAGCGUGAACAAUCUGAGUUAGAAAAGAAGGCUCGAGAAGAGAUUCUGAGGGAUGUUGCGUUGAAUGUUCGUCGCUACGAGAAAAUUGGACCACAGGGCUGGUGUGUUUUAUUUGAAAAUUUAUGUCAACCUGUUGCUUUUGUUUCGUGCUUAUGUCAGGCUACACGAUUGAGAGGAUAA